CUCAAUGUCCCCGCGUAUGAGAGAUCACCACCUUUCGGGCCGCACUCGUCACUUUACCCAAAGUGCUGCUGGUUCAAGGGGUCGCGAAGCCCUGCGGUCUCGGACAGGUUGUCCUGAGUGUCGCAGGCGAAAAACGAAAUGUGACGAACAGAAACCUGAAUGUGGCCAAUGUCUCCGAGCUGGCCGAGCUUGUCGUAUCAUUGACGGCCUAUUUCGGCCUCAUUCAUACUCUUUUCUUGUAUCGUCGUCAUCGUCUUCGUCGCAACGGGUGCAUCAUGCGUCCUGCCUGGAGGGCUACUCCCCCGAAGAGGAUGGCCUGCAAAACGGGGCACAGAUAUCGCAGCAAACAACUGAGCCUGUAGUGCAGGUUCCGUCUUAUAGAGGACAGCGAGCAAGGACUGAUUCACCUAAUUCACGACACUUCCAGGGUGAGCCUGGCCAGGAAUGCUCCGUAGGAAUUGCCGUGGGGGCUCAACAUGCCCGCACACCUUUUGAAGCUGAAAAUUUUAUGGUUGGGGUGUCUCCCCCAGGCACCCCGGAACCACUGGCGGAACCCGGUCCACAGGCCAUCACCAGAGCCCAUAUCCAAAAUGAACGAAAUGCUGCAAUAGUAGCUCCGGCAGCGCAUGGCUUCUCUGGCCUUCCAAAUAGCACCCAUGAAGACAACCGUCGAGAUCGUUGCGAGGUUGCAUUCUUCCUGCGACACUUUUCAGAAGGGCCUGGCCAGUGGAUGGACGUAUGCUGCGACCACCCUUAUUUCAGUGAGCAGGUAGCCUCAUUAUCACCUGUAUGCUCGCUCAUUCGAUAUUCGGCGGUUGCACUUGCAGCAAAACAGCUGGGCUAUAUGAAACAACCAGAAUCUAGCAUUCGGCAGACGCGGAGCCAUAGAUUCAUGAUGCACGCUUUUGCAGAUUCCCAUCUCGACUUUUUAUGGUAUGGGGCCAAGUAUUAUGACAAAGCAAUCCAGAUAUUCUCCAAACAACUCUCUCGUGAGGAUCGCUCUAUUUGUCAACUGUCCCCUCGGGGGGGUUAUCAAGCCGGCCUCCCAACCCCUGAAAGUAGCGAGUUCAGGUUAGCCGGGGACUAUGAUAGAACGGGAAGCACGCUGCAAAUUCUCGCGGCCUGUAUACUGUGCCAGUAUGAGGACUUGAGUGCUACUAUGGCAGCCUGGUCCAGCCAUCUGGACGGCAUAUACAGGUUAAUCCAUGGCUAUCUCAAUGAGACUGCCACCCCGCCGACGGCCUUCCACAUUCCGCAACCGAUGAAGACAAUGGAUGCAAUGUACUGGUUUUUUUCUAUAAAUGAUGUACUAGAUGCUUUUGUCAACAAACGAAGAACGCGGUUGGGGUCUAAAAAUCCUCUCAUGUGGCGUAAAAUGGGACUCCCUCUCGACGAGGAUGGAAAGCUACUGGUGCAAUACGUUGAAGAAGUACAUUCGGAGAGCGUAUUCUUUAAAUAUUUGAUCUGGCUUAUGUGCAAGCUGGUCAACUCCGAUCUAGGUAACACAGUUGAAUGGAAUGCAAUCAACAAGCAAUUUGGCGAGUGGCGAGCCAUACUCCCUUCAAUCUUUUCGUCCGCCAUCUCUUGGCCGCCUUUUUCAGAAAUCGAUGAUGCCCAGGACCCCGCAACUGUUAACCUUAGCUCGCACGAGACGUGGUUUCCUAAGGACGCCUGCGCACUUUCAAUGGCGUUUUAUCAUAUGGGACGAAUAUUGCUUUUGAUACAUAGGCCAUUGGAAGUUCUGCGUCAGAACGCGCAACCCGGCACAGAUAUACUGAGUACAUACCAUACCCUGCAGCAUGAUCUUCGCGGCCACGCCAUGGCAAUCAUAUCUAUUGCACGCGGGGCUCCAAGCGGCACCGUGAGGAAAUACCUAAUACAGCCUCUAUAUGUUGCCGGGCGCUGUCUGGAGGAUGCAAGUGAGCGCGAGGAGCUACUAAACAUACUCCGGCAGAUCGACGAGGAUCUGGGAGUAUUUACAGAUUAUCGCCAAAGGGACCUUGCUCUUGAAUGGGGAAUACCCUAUCACCCGGUAGAAAAGAAUAUAGUUCCUUAAUGGGCAACAGGUAUUCAACCAAAAGAAAUCAAAAUACGUCUCGGAGACAAUGCACCAAAUACUGAUAAACAUCUUAAUCGAACUGCAUCAUACAACUACCCUGCUUCAAGUUAUGUUCUGAGAUCGGUCAUGUCGCU